UUUGCAUUCUGCAUUGUUGUGCACUGUGCCGAGAUCAACAUGAGGAUCAUACUUCUUUGUGUUUUGGUGAGCGUUAUCUCUGCAGACAUACCGCCAUCCAAUACCUAUGGAGCCCCAAACGGAGGGUUCUCAAACGGUUUUGGCUUUGGAGCAUCGAAUGGAGCCUCAAACGGUUUUGGUGCCCCAAGUAACGGUUACUCUGCACCAAGCAACACCUAUGGACUGCCAAAUGGCGGAUAUGGAGUAGAUCCUGAGAUUGCCGCUUUGGCCGAGAACAUUCCCGGGGGCGGCGUCCCCGGCGAGGACUACCCCAUCUUGGCUUCCGUGCCCGACACCGGUUUCUCGUGCGAUGCCCAGGCGGUGCAAGGUUAUUACGCCGACACUCAAGCCGGUUGCCAGGUGUUCCAUAUCUGCCAGGACCGCGCCCUCAGGCGCCAACAGGACUCGUUCCUGUGCCCCAACGGUACCAUCUUCAACCAGCAGUACCUGGUAUGUGACUGGUGGUUCAACGUGGACUGUUCUCAAGCUGAGAGCUUCUACUCCGUCAACGAACUCAUCGGAGUCGUUCCCGACGCCGGUUAUGCUUAUGCUGCCGCCACCAACGGCAUCCUCAACGGAAACGGAAACGGAUAUGAAGCCAACGGAAACGGAGCCAACGGAAACGGAAGGAACGGAGCUAAUGGAUACGCUUCCAAUGGCAACGGAAAGAAUGGCAACGGAGCCACCAAUGGAAAUGGAUAUCGCUCAAACGGCAACGGCAACGGCGCUAAUGGCAAUGGCAGGAACGGCUAUGCUGCUAAUGGCAACGGCAACGGAGUCUCCAAUGGCAAUGGCAGGAACGGCUAUGUUGCUAAUGGAAACGGCAACGGAGUCUCCAAUGGCAAUGGCAGGAACGGCUAUGCUUCUAAUGGCAAUGGAGCGAACGGUGUCAAUGGAAAUGGUUUCAACGGCAAUGGAUAUAGAUCCAAUGGUAACGGCAAUGGAAGGAAUGGCAAUGGAAAUGGUAACAGGUACAAUGGCAAUGGAAGGAAUGGCAACAGUAAUGGAAAUGGAUAUAACGGCAAUGCUGUAAAUGGUAAUGGUAAUGGAAGAAGCGCCUUCAACGGAAACGGAUACAAUGGUAAUGGUGUAAGUGGCAACGGCAAUGGUGUUAAUGGCAACGGAAACGGAUACAAUGGCAAUGGUGUUAAUGGUAAUGGCAACGGCAAUGGCGUUAAUGGCAACGGAAACGGAUACAAUGGCAAUGGUGUUAAUGGUAAUGGCAACGGCAAUGGCGUUAAUGGCAACGGAAACGGAUACAACGGCAAUGGAAGAAGCGCCCUGAAUGGCAAUGGAAACGGGUACAAUGGUAAUGGCAACGGCAAUGCUGUUAAUGGCAAUGGUGUAAAUGGUAAUGGCAACGGCAAUGGUGUUAAUGGCAACGGAAACGGAUACAACGGCAAUGGUUUAAACGGCAAUGUAAAUGGCAAUGGCGUAAACGGCAAUGGAAGAAGCGCCCUGAAUGGCAAUGGAAACGGGUACAAUGGUAAUGGCAACGGCAAUGGUGUAAAUGGUAAUGGCAACGGCAAUGGAAGAAGCGCCCUGAAUGGCAAUGGAAACGGGUACAAUGGUAAUGGCAACGGCAAUGGUCUUAAUGGCAACGGAAACGGCAAUGGAGCUGCCGCUCCGGCUGCCUCCUACGGCGCUCCUUUCUAAAGUCCUAUUCGCUUC